AUGAAUUCCAACACCAACCGGAUCACAGUUACUCUGCGGCAAAUCGCCAAGAUGAUCGACCACUCUCUUCUGCAUCCCACUAUGACAGACGCCGAAGUUCUCCAAGGAUUUGUCAUCGCCAAAAAGUACGGCGUCGCUACAGCCUGUGUCAAACCAUAUGCAAUCUCCAUGGCUAAGCAGGAACUUCAGGGUAGUGAUGUCUUGGUCUGCCCCGUCAUUGGCUUCCCUCAUGGAAAUAGCAGCAUUUCAGUCAAGGUCUUCGAAGCUGAUAUCGCUACUGCUGUCGGCGGUAAUGAGGUCGACAUGGUCAUCAAUAUCGGCAAAGCACUCAGCGGUGACUGGAACUACGUCACUGAUGAAAUCCGUCAAGUCAACAAUGUCGUUGUCAAGCGCGGUGCUAUUCUCAAAGUCAUCUUUGAGAAUGACUACUUGGACGAGGAACACAUUGUGCGUCUUUGCAAGAUCUGCUCCGAUAUUGGAGUGGCUUUCGUCAAGACUUCGACUGGCUAUGGUUUCGUUAAGCAGUCGGAUGGCACGUACAAUUACAAGGGUGCUACCAUUCCUCAUCUCAAGCUCAUGGUAGAGGAAUCUGGCGAGAAUGUCCAAGUCAAGGCGGCUGGAGGAGUUCGCACCCUUGACGAUUUGUUGCACGUCAUGUCGCUAGGUGUUACACGUAUUGGUGCUACAGCCACAGUUGCGAUUAUGGAGGAAGCGGUUAAGAGGGGGAUCACGAACGAGCCUACCGAGGUUACGUUCAAGCCCAUGGCUGAUAGCUCAAUCGGAGGAUACUGA